UUUUGAAUUUGAAUUCAUCAUUGCUUUUUACAUUAUUGCUUAUGGCAAUCAUUUUCAUUCCUUUUAACAUUGAACGCUUACCCUUAAACGGAAAUCGACUUUGCUUCGUACUGUCAGUCAAAGAAUAAUUUUGAAGUGUCGGAAAUUGUGUCGGCCAUUUUGGCGUAAACUUUAUUUCAAACAUUUCUUGCGCUGCAUUAACUUUAGUUUUUUUGUUGUUUAAAUUUUAGUUAAAUUGAAGUAUUAACAUAGAAUUAUUCUAAAAUCAAAAAUCAAAAAAUGUUGGCAUCCAAGACUUUGCGUUUGCUACCUGUACCUUCAAAAAAUGGAACAGGUUCAGCGAUGCAGUUGUUGCAAAUGAUAUCACCCGGUAUUAAUGUCGAUCGAGACAAUAAUCCAAAUGAUUUCAUCAAAAGUGCACCGAUGACAUCAUAUAGAACUGCUUCUGUGCGUUUGUUUUGUUCAGCUGAUGGUCCCCCACAACAAGCAGGAGCUAAGGCAUCGACUAAAGCAUCACCACCACCGUCCUCAUCGUCAUCACAAUCCGCUGCGACUGUAAAGGCACAAUCUUUGGAUGAUAAAAGUCCAGCAACGCAACUGCUUUCACAAUUGCCAGACAAAAAGCAGGUUGAAAAGUAUUUUUUCCGCAUUGUGGCAUUUAUUUGGGAUACAUCACAUUGGGCUUACCGUAUUCUUAAGCAUAACGUCGAUGAGCACAUUAUUAAGAAUAAAUCCGUUCAAGAUAAUUACAAGAAGUUUCUUGAGAAAAUGGAAAAGUCCAAAAAGGAUUAAUGGGUUUAACGGAAAAUACAGCUAACAAAGAAAUACAUAAAAUUCAUUUUUAAAAUUUAAAUUUAUUUGUAAACGAAACGCAAAUAAAAAUAAAAUAAG